AUGAAGGGAUUCGCGGUACUCGCACAAUUAUUCCGUCAACAGGCUCUGGUGCUUCCACUUUUGCUGAUCGUCGGAUGCGUCACCGGCGAGAUCGAGAGACGUACCUCGAAGCAGAUGGUCGAGGAGUCGCCGGAAAGUUUGGCCUCGACUUUGAGCAAAGACUGCGGCAAGUCCUACAGUGCCACUUGCCUCAAGUUAGACGUGGUCUCAUUCCUGGACAGGUUGUCCGAGCAAGCGGACAUCAGCAUUUUACCUGGGGUGUCCGUGAUCAAGGAAAAUGACACGGCCAACGUGCCAGCGUCCGAGGUGGUCGCCAAUUUGGCCCGGGACUUCCCCAACGACGUGGAGAAAAGGCUGGACGCUUAUUUGGUUCAUAAAGUCGGCAGUUAUCUGAACAGUCACUCGAUAUCCAUUAAACUAUUCGACCCGAGGACCUUCGAGGCUGCUAGGAACUUCAACGAGGAGACGCUGGCUCAACUCGGUUUGGGUGGAGGACAAAGCGUCGGAACUGGACGGAAGAAGGAUAAGGGUGGCAACGGUGGACUGAUGGCUGGAUUGUUGAUGAUGAAGGGCACCCUAGGUGCUGUCGGAUUUGGUGCUCUUGCUCUGCUAGCCGGUAAAGCCUUGAUGACCGGUCUGAUGGCUCUUAUGUUGUCAGCUAUCGUUGGAUUAAAGAGUUUGACAAGCGGCGGCGAGAAGAAGACCACCUACGAGAUCGUCAGCAAACCAGUGUACUCGACCUCUCACACGCACAGCUCCGAAGAACAUCACGGUCACGGUUACGGCCAUUCGGGAUACGGUAGAUCCUUGGAUGCCAUUCAAGAUUCCGUUCACCAAGCUGUAUUGAAGUACGGAAACGCGAGGGACCGCCGAUCGCUUCGGCAAAAUUAA